UCGCGAUUGGAAUGUUCGGGAGGUGUCGAUAAUCUAACUUCUACGCUUUGUGAUUUUCUCAAUUGUUGAUUUUUUUUAUUAAGAAGACAUUGAAGACUACAAUUGAGGCAUUUACUUCAGUCUGACGAGAUGGCUGACUCUAAAGAGGACUGGAAGCGGAAAGAUGAGGGUGAUGAGGAGGAAGACGAAGAGGUCGAUGAAUCUGACUACAAAUCCCAAAAAGACGCCAUCCUCUUCGCCAUCGAAGUCAGCCCCUCCAUGCUCACCCCUCCCCCCGCCUCCCACUCCAAAAAAGCAGACACCGACAGCCCCGCCGCUGCCGCCCUCAAAUGCGCCUACCAAAUCAUGCAGCAGCGCAUCAUCUCCAACCCGAAGGAUAUGAUCGGCAUCCUCCUCUUUGGCACCGCGAAGUCGAAGGGGCCCGAAGACAAUGCCACCUCCGGCAUCGCGUACCCGCAUAUCUACCUACUCACCGACCUCGAUGUUCCCGCCGCGAGUGACGUCAAGGCGUUGAAGGAGUUAGUGGAGGAUGAAGAUGCUGCAAAGGAGGUGUUGGUACCGGCGCCGGAGGGAGCGGAGGUCACGAUGUCGAAUGUGCUGUUUUGUGCGAAUCAGAUCUUUACGACUAGGGCGCCGAGUUUUGGGUCAAGGAGACUGUUUGUGAUUACUGAUAGAGAUGAUCCGCAUGAGAGCGAUAAGGGGAUGAGGUCCGCGGCGGCAGUGAGGGCGAAGGAUUUGUAUGAUUUGGGGGUGGUGAUUGAGUUGUUUCCUAUCGAGAGGGGUGGACAGGUGUUUGAUAGGAGCAAGUUUUACGAUGAUGUGAUAUACCGCGACCCAGCGGACACAGACACGCCAUCCACCACCGCAUCCACCACCGCAUCCACCACCAACGCCCCAGCAGGCGGUGACGGCAUCUCCCUCCUCAACUCCCUCAUCUCCAACAUCAACUCCAAGCAAACCCCCAAGCGCGCCCUCUUCUCCAACCUCCCCUUCGAAAUCGGCCCCGGCCUCACCAUCUCCGUAAAAGGCUACAACAUCCUGCAACGCCAAAAGCCCGCCCGCAGCUGCUACGUCUGGCUCUCCGGCGAGACCGCCCAGAUCGCCACGGGCGAAACCACACACCUCGCCGCCGACACCACGCGCACGGUGCAGAAGGUCGACGUCAAGAAAGCAUACAAGUUCGGCGGCGAGCAGGUCCUCUUCACAAAGGACGAGCAGAAGGAACUCAAGAACUUCGGACCACCAGGCCUCCGCAUCGUGGGCUUCAAGCCCCAGGCCUUACUCCCUUCGUACGCCUCUGUCAAUAAAUCGACCUUCCUCUACCCCUCCGAGGAGGACUACGUAGGAUCCACCCGCGUCUUCGCCGCGCUGUGGCAGAAACUCCUCGAUUCCUCCACCAUGGGCGUGGCCUGGUACAUCCCCCGCACCAACGCGAACCCGCAAUACAUCGCCCUCCUCCCCUCCCGCGAGCGUCUCGACCCAGCAACAUCCCAACAAAUCGUCCCCGCAGGUCUAUGGGCCUACCCCCUACCCUGCGCAGACGACCUGCGUCUCCCCGCCCCUGGGCCGGCACCGAUAGUAAGCCCAGACGCGCUGACGGAUAAGAUGCACGUUGUUGUCCAGCAGCUCCAGCUCCCUGGUGCGGUGUUCGAGCCGAGCCGCUAUCCGAAUCCGGCCUUACAGUGGCAUUAUCGCAUUCUCCAGGCUAUCGCGCUGGAGGAGGAGGUGCCGGAGCUGGCGGCGGGGGAUGAUAAAACGUUACCUAGGGCACGGCAGAUUGAUAAGCGCGCUGGACCGUAUGUGGUUGAUUGGGGGCGGGCGCUGGAGGAGGAGUGGCUUGAUGUGGUGGAGGGGAUGGGGGAGAAGCUGGAGGUUGGGAUGAAGAGGGGGGGAGAUGUGAAGGAGGGGAAGGUGAAGAGGGUUAAGGAGAGUGGGCUGGAUGUGGUGGAGAGGUUGGCGAAAGAGGGGAAGGUGGGGAGCGCGACGGUGCUGAUGCUGAAGGAUUGGUUGGCGGCGAGGGGGUUGAAUGUUGGGGGGAAGAAGGGGGAGUUGGUGGAGAGGGUGGAGGAGGCUUUUGAGAGUAAGUGAGGAGUGGGGGAUAGGGGGCUAUGGAGUUAAUGGGUGGGAGGAGUAGGGUUACAAGCAAAAGUGUCGGAUGUAUGCUGAGGAUCUUGGGGCUUUGGUGGCUGAUGUGUUUGCUAUGCGGGAUGAACAAGUGGGCGAUAAUGGAGUUUUGUGUGUCCAUAUCUCGCACAUCUCAUCGGCAGUGAGUGACCAUGGAGUUGUUGACUGUCUAUGCCUCAUCCACAGUGAGUUGUCAUGGAGGAGUUGACUAUCUGUGUUUCGCACCUCUCAUCUAAGUGAGCCAUCAGGCAGUCGUCGACUUCCCACCGCGCCUCUCAUCCGCAGUGAGUGACCGUGGAGUAGUUGACUGACUGUUACUCCAUCCGCAGAUCUCAUCCGCAGUGGGCGAUCAUGAGUUGCUGAUUAUCCAGCUGCCUGCCCAUCCCUGCACAGAUCGCAUCGCAUUUCCAGUUGCUGAUCUACAGUGACUGGCGGUGGCGAAAACCACAUCGCCAACACACCAGCAUCAGCCACUGACGCAGAUAUCGCGUCUCUCGUUGGUUCGUGGUCACAGGAGGCACAGCCACAAGCCACCGAGUGAUCAUCAACAGCACAUCAUGAGUGUGCUGUACUGUUUCACCAUAACCGCCCUCUUUGGGCUAGAACCCGCAAACCUACCCGGCAGUGAACAAGACUCUUCCUCCCCCUGGCCCGCAAGGGCUCCCACUUCCCCCUCGCGCGCGGCAAACAAACCCGUAUAUAGAUAAAUCCCGCUUCUUACU